AUGACUUCUUCUGUUGCAAUUAAUCACAACAAUUCACAUGAUUCAAGAGUUUUCCAUCAGUUACUAUUUCUAGAGAAAUUAAGACAUAAUGAAAUUGAUUGUGAUAUGGCAUCUUCUUUUGUAAAUUCAAGUGAAUUCAAUUCUAUAUUGAAAGAAUUUAAACGGAAAAGACAACAAGAGGGAGAUCAAAAGAAAUGGGAAACUUUUUUGGAAAAAAGACAACAAGAAGAAGUAAAUAAAACUAUAUCAGAGAUAAAAGCUACUUAUCCAACUAAUGAAUACCAAGAAGUGGGCAACAAUUAUUUUAGCUGUGGAAGCCUCGAAUCAGUUUCAAAUGUUGACAACUCUAAAUCUGGAACAGAAUAUACAAAUCACUGGUUAGAAAACAACCAUUUAUUUUUAGGGCACACUUUUCAUAAUUCAGAGGAAAAUAACAAUAAACAUUUUAUCAGCCCUGAUUUAAAUGAAUCUUCUUUAUCUUUGAAAAAUGAUUGUCAAAUCGAAGCUUUAACAUUUACUAGAGAUGACAGUAAUGUGAAAAAUUACCCAUGCAAACAAAAUACUACUAAGAAAAUGCAAUAUCAGUAUUCCAAUUUUCAAAAUGAAGAAAUUGUUAAUGAUUUUCUUAAUGUAAUAGAACAGAAUAAUUUUCAUUUUAAUGAAAUGAACAGUGUUUUGAAUCUACCUGAACCUAAAAAAUCUCAUACAGGCAAGAUAAAAAGAAAUCAUAGAAAAGGAAAGUCUGUAUUAUUGCUUGAAAAAAAUCCAAUAGAGCUCCAGUCAGAUGAAACAAAUGCUAAGGAAAAUUAUUGUAAAAAUAUUGCCAAAAAAAUCCAAGAUAUACCAGGUGUUGACACAGAAUUAAGAAAAGUUGAAGAUAUAAGAAUUAAAAUGACUCCUAUAAUUUCGAACAUUCGAAUAGUGAUUGCAAAAAAUAUCAAUUCACCUCUAUCCCCUGAUGAAGAUAUAGAGCGCAUUAAACAAAGAACUUUAGAAUUCGGUGCCAGAUUUAAGAGGAACUAUUUAUACAGGACUAAUUGUCAGGUCAAUGAGCUCAAAGAAAUGAUGCCUAAUCCAAUAUUAAUCAGUAAGAAAUCAAAAAUUUUAUUAAUGAUUCAAAAACUUGCUGCUGUCCAUCAUGGUGCAAUACAAGCCUUACAAGUUAUUGAGAAACAGUUACAGACAAUAUCAAUAUUUGGAAAAACACAAGAACUAUUAUGUUCCUUUUACAACUGUAUAUAUGAGUUAACACUAAUACUUAAGCCAUUUUAUGGGUAUUUGAAGACACAAGUACUGGAUGAAGUAGAAAAGCAUCUGAUUGAAACUAUUAAAUUACUAAGUGAAUUAAAAUCAGAAGAAAAAUUUUCAUUGCCUAGAAGGGGAAUCAAAGAUAAAAUAAAUCAAUUAAAGUCUUCAAUUGAACCACCACCCUGGAUGAAAAAAAGUGCUGCCUUAGCAAGAUUGAAAUUUGGACCACCUAUACGAAUCAGAAAACGAAAAUCUCACCAAGAACAAAAAAGUAAAGUUCUGGAACGUAAGCAGAGCAAAGAUUCUAUCAAAAGUGAGCAGGGCAAGAAAUUGGACCAAGAACAAGAUAUGAUCAAGCCUAUAAACUUUAUGAUGUCAGUGAAACAAAGGCCAGGUGCGGAACUACGCCGAGCCAAUUUCAAUCCAAUUAAAACUGAAGAACCAAAGACAAUGAUUGAAAUUAUUAGCAGAGAAGGGACAAUACUAAAUUAAGCACUUGCUUGGAAGUUAAAUCACUAUCUGAAGGAAUAACAUACAAAUAUAAAAUACAUCUUUAAUAUACUUUGAGAAUAACAAGCUCAGAACCACUGACUUCCACAAUUGAGAGAGAGAACUACAAUAAUAAUAUUGCAUGGCUACUCAACUGUUUUGUGUUGCUAAAUAACACACACAUCAUACUCAUCAGUCAAAGAAUCAUUAUUUAAAACUAGAACAAAAGAGUUAAAUAGGACCAUUUGACCAUAAUAAAUAUAUUAAAAAACCAGUAUACAGAAACGAACAAGUGAAGGCAAAGCUUAUUAUAUGUGGCGAUGGGGGAUCCCCAAUGAGUCCAAAAUAAUAGUCUUCACCAUCAUCUCCAUCUGCUCCCUUCCAACCCCGAGAUUCUGCAAGAAAUCACUUGUAUUAUGAGGGAUGGUUCUUCUACUUCCGAAUCACAGACCUUUAAUUGAGAAGUUUUUCUCUCCAAAUUCAUCCUUCUGAUUGUUUUCUUUUAAGUAGGGUAUGCAUUAUAAAUUUCUUCUUUCUCAAUCUGCACCUUAAUGUCCUGGUCUUGAUCAUUUGUUUCAAACCUGAUUGUGGGAUCCACUAUAAGUACCUUCUUUUCUGGUGCAUUAAACACUAAAAUAACUUCGAGUAAACAUCUAAACUUGUUCAUGUGUAUGAAUAAUUGUUUUUUUAUAUUAUUGUGCAGCGUGUUAUAAGGAGCAUGUUGUUCAUAUAUUUGCUCAAUAAAGGAGAUUUCUGGCUCUCAGCCACCUUUGUGGCAAAGAAGUCCAACAUCUCCGUUGGCCUGGCUCAUAGUCCCUGGUACUCCGUGGAGGGAAGCAUAGUUAAUGUUCAAUUUUAUAGUGGUAGUCCAUUCUGAGUCUGUGAGGUCUUUUCCAUCGUAAAUAAACUGAUUGAUCCAAGGGUUCGAUUGAAAAUGGGAGACAAAAAUUCCUUGCCACUUUAAGGAUCAUAUCAAAGAACUUUUUCCUCAGAGACUGCCUAACUUUUUGACUGAUAGUGUAGCUUCUGAAUUAUUUGCUAAGAUGCCUAAUAGAUCAGCACAUCUUCGAAUUUCAUCCCCGAAAUAAAAAAUCACCUGAAAUAGGGUAUCUGGUAUGUUGGUUAAUUUCUGGAAAAUUGACCAGUGCUGAAGAGGAACCUUCCAAUGACACUGCAAAAGACCCAGGCCCAUGUAUUACCGUGAUGCAUACACCAUGGUAUACACAUUGGCUUGUAAAACCUAUCAUUGUCUUAACACUUCUAUGUAGAAUGACAUCUACAGACUCCAAGAGUGAUGACGACCAUUUCGUCAAUUGCUCCUUCAGCAGUGGGUAUAUUAUGGAUUGGAAAACAUAUCUGUUUACAAUAUUAAUCUUUUUUUCUGGCUUAAGGAGACUUGAGUUUACCAAUUUUUCCGUAUUUUGAUUUACCUUAACUACAGAAGCAUCAUCAAACUCUAACUCCCUGGAGAACCGACACCCAAGAUAUUUGAUAGUGUCACCUACUUCAAUUGAUCUUAUUAUCUCCGGUAUUUAAGCAAAACCUUCAUUUUAUUAAGCUUCCCUUCUCCAAAAUAAUACCAGAACUCUUUUGGGGGUUUAGAGACAGUCCCAACUCAGAAAGUAUUUCUCGAAUGCAAUUGAUUGCCCUCUCCCCUACCUCAACACUGCAAGUGGUUAUAGCUUGAUCAUCAGCGAAACCCAUAAGUAUAAUGGGAAUAUGGUUAUCAAAUAAUUUGAACAUAUAACAUAUUGAAGAAUUUAUUUAUAGUUAAAUUACUUGAAACUACAUUUCAAAAAAGUCACCAGUUUCAUUUGUAACUGAAUCUUCCAGAAUCUCAUCAUCUGUCUCUUCUCUACAUCUAAUUACCUAACAAUUAUGGUAGAAUAGAGAUGGAUUUAUGUAAUAUCAAUCUUAACAAUUUAUAUGAGUAUUUAUCACUACUAGCUAUGACCUAUUUUCUUUAAUUUUCAAUAAUUAGAAUUUUUUUAAAUUUCCAAUAUUUCUCAGGAAUGGGGGUAGGAGUUAGAUCAGUGGGUAAGAUAACUCAUGGGCUCAGAACUAAAUAUUAUAGCAGAUGUUUUAUUAUUUUAUAAUAUCAGCCAUUUGUAUGCCCUUCCGGAGCAUUUAAAGGCUCUAAAAAGUGGGUACCUCACCUAUCCUAGGAAUGGAAGAUGAA